GAAUUUUGGUAUUGCUUCUAGUAUAAAUGUAGAUUUGACAUUUGUUGUAAAAAAAGUUGCACCAAUUGGUACUUGAGAUUAUAUUAGUCCAAAAGUUCUAAUGGAUAACAGUGGAAACGGAUAUUCUCUCCUAAUGACAAUGUUAAAUAUAAGGUUGGUAUUAAGGAAGAAAUUAGGAAACGAUAAGAGCGCCAUCUACAUCGUUUCGACGAGCAAGCGUGGCUAAUCAAAGCACCAAAAGGUAAGCCGUAAGGGCUGUUUAUUUUUGGGUUUACAUUGGGCCGCUCGGUCCUACAAGGCUUUUUUCGAGUAAUGUGCUUCCUGGCCGUGUCGGAUCGUACGUCGUACUUGAAAAUCAGUUGACGAAGCAGCGAUGACCACGCCAAUGUAGGUGAAGCCGCGGAGAGGCCGUAAUGUCGGGCAUCUUGCUUAGUAAAACCCAAAACUCCAUUGCUCCCCUUGCACUCAUUCGUUCGCGUCUUUCUAACCAAUUGCCAAACGGGCACUAAGCACAAACGUAAUACACAUACGUAUAUACGUAUGUAUAUACAUCUACACAUUUAGGCACGUGCACACAUUGCAUACAUACAUAUAAAAAUGAGCAGUUCCGAGGAGGUAUCUUGGAUAUCGUGGUUUUGUGGCCUCAGAGGAAAUGAGUUUUUCUGUGAGGUCGAUGAAGAUUAUAUUCAGGAUAAAUUUAAUUUAACAGGAUUGAACGAACAAGUGCCACACUACAGACAAGCACUAGAUAUGAUAUUAGAUCUCGAGCCUCUAGAUGACGAUUUAGAUGACAAUCCAAACCAAUCAGAUCUGAUUGAACAGGCUGCAGAAAUGCUUUAUGGUCUCAUUCAUGCACGUUACAUUCUUACAAAUCGAGGAAUUGCUCAAAUGAUUGAAAAGUAUCAAGCUGGUGAUUUUGGCCAUUGUCCGCGUGUAUAUUGCGAGUCCCAACCAAUGUUACCUCUGGGUCUUAGUGAUGUUCCUGGUGAAGCUAUGGUCAAGAGUUAUUGCCCUAAAUGUAUGGAUGUCUAUACACCUAAAAGUUCUAGGCAUCAUCAUACCGAUGGUGCAUAUUUUGGUACAGGAUUUCCACACAUGCUUUUUAUGGUUCAUCCCGAGUACAGACCGAAACGCGCAGCAAAUCAAUUUGUACCUAGGUUAUAUGGCUUUAAAAUUCAUCCAUUGGCAUAUCAAAUGCAGCAACAAUCUGCAUCGACCUUCAAAGCACCAUUACGAGCUCUUAAUUAUAAUAAUGGGAAACGCUAAGAGUACUUUGACAUACUUUAGACCAUUUUUCAUUACUCAUAAUGCAAUUCCUAAUUUCGUCCCUGCGAUUUAAAUAAAAUAUUAUUUUUUAUAUC